UCCGUUAAUUCUCUGCUAACUGACUUUACACGGCGGCGAUGGCCGUUACCUCUGAAACUCCCGACGGCUCUAACGGCGGCGAUCCAAACAAGAAAUCAGAAGAUGUCGAGAAAGAAGGGAAAGAAGAAGAUGAGAAUCAAAAGAAAUACAGUAUCGUUCGAUUUCUUUCCCAAAUCUUCCACACGAACUCACCUAACAAAGAGAUAGAAGAAGAGAAUCAAAAGGAGAAACCUGUAGAUCAAGAAGAAGAAAUACAGUAUCGCUCGAUUUCUUUCCCAAAUCUUCCACACGAAGUCACCGAACGUUGCGUCGCACUCUUCCGGAGAUGCAAUUACCCGAGCCUAUCCCUCAUCUCCAAGGGCUUUCGCACUCUCACCGCUUCGCCGAGACUCUACGACGCUCGCUCGCGACCCGGCGUCACCAAAUCAGUUCUUUACGCCGCCUUCGGAUUCCUUCCAUCCCCAGGCCCGAGCUGGUACAUUCUCCGCCGUAACGAGAUCUCCUCACGACUGUUCAGAAUCGACGAACUCCCUUCGAUGCUUUGGGGAUCUGCCGUCGUCGCAAUCGGAUCGAAGAUGUACGUAAUCGGAGGAAGCGCCGGCGGGAAACCCUCAUCGGAUGUGACUCUAAUCGAUUGCAGAUCCCACACGUAUCGCUUGCUCCCGAGGAUGCGUAGGCCUCGCUGCCGGGCAGCCGCCGGAGUAAUCGACGGGAAGAUAUACGUAGUCGGAGGUUGCGCGAGGCGAUCUUCUACGACUUGGGUCGAAUCGUUCGAUGUAAAUUUCUGAG